AUGGAUUUGCAAUUAGGGACAUAUGAUGAAGAAGAAUCUGCCGCAAAAGCAUACGAUUUAGCAGCACUCAAGUUUUUCGGAACGUCUACGCAAACUAAUUUCCUGGUGACUGAGUAUGAGAAAGAUUUGGAAAUGAUGGAGAAGAAAACCAAGGAGGACUAUCUCGACAUUUUAAGAAGACAUCAUCGUAAUAGAUGGGAAGCUAGGAUUGGAAACGUCCGUGGCAAAAAAUCUCUCUACAUUGGCACUUACAGUACUGAAGAGGAGGCUGCACGUGCUUAUGACGUUGUAGCAAUAAAAAACAAAGGAACUAAUGCAGCAACAAAUUUUGACAAAAGCACAUAUACAAGAAGCAUGACACCUGGGUCCAAUUCUGCCGAAGAUCAGCCGCUGCCACCCACCACCACCACCUCGAGCCAUCACAUCAGUUAA